AUGCCGGAAGACAAUGCCCAAGAAGUCAAAAUCGACCAAAACGGUGAUAAGGUCGAAGAAGAUGAAGAUGGCGAAAUCACCGAGCAAGCAAGAAAUCUGAAGACGCUGAAUCAGUACCAGCAAGACAUCCUUAGACUCCAGAAUAAGAAGGAGCAGCUGCUCAGGCAGGCCGUUGCCCGCCAUAUAUUCACAAUCACUGGUGGAUCAAACCAAGAGCACGAAAACAAGAGAGCCAGAAGAGAAUUUGAAAGAAGAGUGCACACCAUCUCGCCAAGGGUACCGCUCAACAGGCCAGCUUGGUCCAUGGUGCCCAUCACUUUUGACAAAAAUGACUUUCAAGUGCGGGAUUUUCCACAUACAGACGCUUUUGUAGCAACAUCGAAUAUAGCUGCGUUCACUAUACACAACAUCCUCAUUGACAAUGGGAGCUCCGCCGACAUCUUAUUUAUCAAGCCUUUCGAGCAGAUGAACCUUGACAAGCGAACGUUGGAACCAGCCGGGAACUCGUUGUUCGGUUUUGGCGGGAAAAAGAUAGACGCCUUGAGAAAGAAGGCAAUCUCGGUCUCUGUCGUAGAAGGCGAAAAGGUCCGCACAGAAACCAUAACUUUCGACAUAGUCAACAUGGAUUAUCCGUAUACUGCAAUUUUCGGCAGAGGAGUUCUAAGUAGAUUCGAAAUCGUAAUAAAGCAAAGCUACUUGUGCAUGAAGAUGCCAUCCCCUUUCGGCAUUAUCGCAGUGCAUGGAGAUUAG